CUGUCCAGAAACUUAGUGGCACAGUACGGAUAACAAAUGUGAAAUACUCUCCAGGCUUUAGCAAUACAAGCGGUGAGGAAUACCAAACCUUUGCACAGCUCUUUGUUGAUGAAGUACAUAAAUCUCUGCCCCCUGAGGUUCUUCAGCAGGUGGAUGCUGGUCUGAUUAAAGUGCUGAUAACGGGUAUUACUAAUGGGAGCACAGUGGUAAGUUUCAAUUUACUGAUUGCAGAAGAUGUGGAUAUCUACUACAUCAUCACCACUUUUCGUGAUGCCUUUGAACACAGCUCCUAUUUCACAGUUGACAAGAGCAAUCUCUCCAUAAACGAUUAUGAUGAGUGCAAAAGCGAAGAAGAUGACUGCUCCCCAGAUGCAUUGUGCCAUAACACACUUGGGUUUUACCAGUGCAGCUGCAAUGAAGGAUUUGCUGAUGUGCAUCCAGAAAGGCCUGGAAGAAGCUGUGAAGCAUUUCCUAUCAGCCAAGAGGCAACACUGACGGAUAAGAAACCUGAACACAACACAGUUUUACCUGCAGCUUCUUUGCAAACUUCAACUCAUGUUUCCUCCCCUGCUUCAUUGGACUCCUCUACUGCUGAGCACAAAGCUCUGGAGGACACCACAUUCUCCAGCGUGGUGCUGCCUCCUCUCAUCACGGAUCCCGUGUCAACUCCUGAUGUUUCUUCUCAAGCAUCUCCUGUUCCCCUUGUUAAACCUGCCCAGGCGGUUUCCAUUAAAGAUGCGGUGAGAGUGUUCUGUGAAAUCGAGAAGAUCGUCCUUACUGUCCAGAAGAGAUUUUUACAGCAGGAGUCUAUCCCAGAAACCUCCCUGUACCUGGGGGAGCCACGCUGCAACGUGAGCACCAGCAAUGGCACUCACGUUGUGCUGCAGGCGGGCUGGAGUGACUGUGGCACUGAAGUUGAGACUAACAUGACUAAUACCAUAGUGAAAACCAUCCUUCGGAAUGAUGUUUCUGUUCAGGGAGUAAUCCACCAUUUAAAAGUUGCCAGUCCCAUUCACUGUGUGUUUCAAAACAAUCUCUUGGCUUCCUCUGGAUACACUGCAGAAGGACUUUACACCAUCUUUGAGGAUUUGCAUGGAUCUGGACACUUCAGAACAGAAAUGCAGUUGUUUAUUGGAAACUCCCCAAUACCAAAAAAUUUCAGUGUCUCUGCCAGUGAUGAUGUACUGAUUGAAGUGGGGAUCCAGAGAGCAGACAGCGAGCUCAAGGUGGUCCUCACUGACUGCUGGGCAACUCCAACUAAUAAUUCAAUGGAUCCCCUCUCAUUUGCUUUUAUCAGCAACAGCUGUCCCAUCCCAAAUACGUACACCACACUGCUCGAGAAUGGGAAUUCAAGCAAAGCGCAGUUUAAGAUGAAAAUUUUUUUCUUUGUCAACAAUUCUGUGGUUUACCUACACUGCAAAAUACGUAUUUGUAUGGAGAUACCAGGAAGCACCUGCAGGACGAGAUGCCAUGCGGUUCGAUCCCUGAAGACUGGUGAAACCAUCGCUACGUACAGAACAUCCUGGGGACCCCUAUGUAAAUCGGCUGCAUCUGAUUUGAAGAGAGAGAAGGAGGCUGGGAUGGGAGUUGGAUACAUCAUCCUCAUUGCCUUUGCUGUCUUUGGUUUUGUGCUGGGAGUUGUGAGCCUUCUCAUUUUCCAGUACCAGCGAAAGGCGGGAAGAUACAACUUCAGAAUCAAGUCUGACAACUUCAGCUACCAAGUGUUCUACAAUUAG